CUUGAUCUCGUUUCGUGUGAGUCAAAUGUCAUGUGGUUAUUCGAACAACACUCGAUAUUGUAUCGAUCAGUGCAACGUAUGUGGAAAUCUCGAGCACAUUCGGAAGCGAGUGUAGUUUGUGCGGCCCUAGUCUCCAGCUGGUGGUGUCUAUUGAUCGUGUUCUGGAGAUAUUUACGAUAUUACGCCGUUUGUGACAUCACCUCCUUCCUCUACCGUGUGUGAACUAGUCCUUAGCACGGAGUUGUGUGUUUAUAACAAACAUUCGGUGGGUAACAAACACGGAAAAAAAUUUAUAGUGCUCUCUUCACAGCUUCGAAGACCGACUCGAUCCGGAGGAGGGGAGUGAAUAUGGACGUCUCUCUUUUGUCUGUUGGCAACAUCCCGCCGUCUCCGACGCCGACAGCAGGCGAGGAUACAGUCUGCGACUUGGGCAGCGUGAGGUUCGAAACCGAGAAAGUCGCCUGCAGCUGGACUGUCUUGAACUACAAAUACUGGCCUCAAGGGGUAGACGAAGUGAAAUCGCCCAGUUUCUGGCACUGUAACUCCAGCGAGUGGUGUAUGGUGCUGUGUAAAGACGUUGCCAAAGCCCUGUACUUCUGCUUCCAACUACUGACUUCCCAGAAAGACGCUACCGUGCGAGCUAGACUACAGGCGUCACUAGUGUCCAGCAGUGGUAUAGAGUACGAGGUGUACCCGGCGGAGUCGGUCUGCCUCGAUGCACCAAAGAAGUCUAAAUGGAAGUGCUUGUACGGCUCCUUCAGACCGGAGGACGGUUUCGAUUACACGCUGAAGUUCGUGGGAGAGGUGACCACGUCGUGUGUGAUAACGGAGCCUUACCCGAGCGUUGCCCUCGAGAGGCCUCGUCGCAGCGUCACAGACGACCUGGCAGCGCUGCUGGAGUCGGGCCAGCUGUCUGACGUGAAGCUGUGGGCGGGUGACGCAGAGUUCCAGGCGCACAGGGCCGUGCUGGCCGCACGCAGCCCCGUCUUCGCCGCCAUGCUGCGGCAUGACACCCAGGAGGCUCGCACUGGCAGCGUCCGCAUCGACGACGUCGAGGCGGACGUCCUGCGUGAGGUCCUGCGUUUCAUCUACACGGACAGCACGCCCUUCCUGGAGACGAUGGCUGACAGGCUGCUGAUGGCGGCCGACAAGUACGAUCUGCCCCAGCUGAAGGAGCUCUGCGAGGUGGAGUUGGUCAAGAACCUCACCGUGGACAAUGCCGCCGCUACCGCCGUCAUCGCCCUGAGCCACUCCUGCGAUGUACUCAAGCGGCCGGUCAUGAGUUUCGUGAAGCGCCAUCUUGUGCCCAUCAUGGGCAGCAAAGGUUGGGCGACUGCCAUUAGGGAUCAUGCUGAAGCAGUGGUCCAGAUUAGCCGCUUGGUAAUGGAAGAGCCUCUUUAAUGGCUGUUACGGUUAAACUCAGUUUCCUGCGUGCAGCUUCUUGCCUAUAAGAACGCUGCUGCCUCAUUUAACCCUACGUUGGAGGAAAACUGUGCUAUAUUUAAAAUUCGAUAACUUCAACUACUUACAUAUGUAUACAUAUGUAAAAAAUAUUAAACUUGUUUCCUGCUACUGAAAUGGUCUAACUAGAGUAUGCUCUGUGCACAUUUUUGCUAACAGCAGGUGCGUAAAAUGACGCCCUUCAAGGAGUUACUUCUUGUGUUUUGCAAUGGGCACCCGCGAUUAUUCUCUAGGGGCAACAGAAACAGCCCAGGCUAAGGGGAUAAAAAGAAACAGACCUUGUUAUAUCUAUUUGGUAGGGUGUGCAUGACAACUAAAUACUAGCACAUUGUCUAUUCUCAUUUGUAAACAUUACGUUAGACUCGAGAUCGCCUUGACAGUUACGUAGUUGAGAAAACUUUCAAGUAAAUUAUAGUUAAAGAUAUACUGCAGUUUUAUAGUGAUUGUUUUCUACUGCAACAUGACACAAAGCCGAUUAGAGCCAGUUUUAGGAGACAGUUACGACAUACUAGCACUUGCAUUGCCACCGUCUGAUGAAACAUUAAUAUCACCUCCCCCUUUCCAUUUGGAGCAGAAUAAAUUUAAAUUUAUUCAUUGGCGUUUCAAAGCACCAGAAACUAUUACUUACUAAGAAAGUUAGCACAAGAAGAAUAUAAUUUUUACGUACAUUCAUCAAUACGCCAUUAGAGAUCAAAUUUCUUGCAGUUAUCUUGUAAUCUGAUUUUUCUUUCUUGUGCCCAUACACUCCAUAAACAUUACUAGCUCUUGUAUAUUUCAUUACUACUGACAAGAGUUAAUUUUCGUUUUUGUACAAGCCAUUGUAAAUACUCGGGUCUUCGUCUUAUAAAACGUCGUUUCGUAAUACAAUCCGAAGAGUUUCUGGUGUAGCAUGCAUCGUUCAGCCCAGGGGUGGAGAAAACUUGUUCUUCUGGUCAGACUAAACUGACACCGGUCAGAAGCCACUACUUUCAUACAUAACCGUGUAAAAGUACAAAAUUGUCCCGUAUCAUUGAAGUCGUCCAAUUAAUGAACAUGGUCUAUCCACAUUCUGGCUACUAACGCUGCUACAGAGCAGUAGAAAUUCAGAGUAGUUCAUCCCUGUGCUUCUCAUUAUGCACCUGUGGGUAAGCGCUAGGUGCAACAAAUACAGUCCACGCUGUAGGAUUAAAAAAAACGGAAAAUGAGCCUAAAGUGUAAGCAGUAUUCUACGCAUAAGAACAAAUUAAAUUUAUCACAGAGUCGGUUCACUUUUGUAGGAAGAGCGUGAGAUUGGCUAUUAGCUUCGACAUUGUCGAGGUCCGAAAGAGUAUUUGACGAAAGUACACUUCAGUAUUUUCUAGUGAGGGUUGUCUAUCUCAACAUGACCAAUUUUAGUCUGGCUUGCCAAUUUCUAUGCAGUUACAUACAUUGAAGAGUCAAAGAAACUGGUACACGUGCCUAAUAUCGGCGAGCACGCAGAAGUAUCGCAGCACGACGUGGUAUGGACUCAACUAACAGUGCUCGAGGGAAUUGACACCACGAAUCCUGCA